AUGCGAGGAGCUUUUUGCGAUGAUGGAGUCAAGGAGGCAAAGUACUUUUCAGUUACGGUCGACUCGACUCCGGAUGCCAGUCCCGUUGACCAGCUAACAUGUGUGCUACGCUACAUGGAAAAUGAGACACCAGUUGAGCGUUUCGUGCACUUCUUCGAUAACGCUGGACACACUGGGCAAGAUCAGGCGAAUUCUCUGUUGAGAUUCCUCGAGGCUAACGGCAUCGAUAUUGCUAACUGUAGAGGUCAGUCGUACGACAACGCUGCUAAUAUGAGUGGGAAAUACCGCGGAAUGCAAGCAAUCAUUCAGCAGAUAAAUCCUCUAGCAGUGUAUGUUCCAUGUACCGCACAUUCACUAAACUUGGUGGGGCAAACGGCGGUCAGCAGUUGUCGUCCCGUGGUUUCAUACUUCGGAUUCGUGCAGGAGUUGUACAACUUCUUCACGAGCUCAAAAUCACGGUUCGCUAAUUUGAUGGAUAGAAUAAAAAAGGAUCACGCGUCCCGAAGAGCUUGA